CACACAGAGCGUCAUUUCCGCCCUCAUCCUCGGCCCCACACGGAGGGGGCGGAGCCAAGCGGAAGGCGCGCGGCUUGUGCGUCACUUCCGGUGAGUCUAGCGGCGACAACGGUAACAUGGCCCUGAACGGCUCUGAAGUCGACGACUUUUCCUGGGAGCCCCCGACCGAAGCGGAGACGAAGGUGCUGCAAGCGCGGCGGGAGCGGCAGGAUCGCAUCUCCCGGCUCAUGGGCGACUACCUGCUGCGUGGUUACCGCAUGCUGGGCGAGACGUGCGCGGACUGCGGGACGAUCCUCCUCCAAGACAAACAGCGGAAAAUCUACUGCGUGGCUUGCCAGGAGCUCGACUCAGACGUGGACAAAGAUAAUCCGGCUCUGAAUGCCCAGGCUGCCCUCUCCCAAGCUCGGGAGCACCAGCUCGCCUCUGCUUCGGAGCCCCCCUUGGGCUCUCGGCCUGCCCCUCAGCCCCCAGUACCCCGUCCAGAGCACUGUGAGGGAGCUGCAGCAGGGCUCAAGGCAGUCCAGGGGCCGCCCCCUCCUGCUGUGCCUCCAAAUGCAGAUGUCGUGGUCUGCACACAAGAGGCUCUCCUGCAGAAACUGACCUGGGCCUCAGCUGAGCUGGGCUCUAGCACCUCCCUGGAGACUAGCAUCCAGCUGUGUAGCCUUAUCCGGGCUUGUGCUGAAGCUCUGCGCAGCCUGCAGCAGCUGCAACACUAAAGAACCCCUCCUGAGAAAAUCCCUGUAGAAAAACAGCUGUUCCUCUUGUGUGAUUUUUUCUUUU